UUUAAAAUCUUUAACUUGGUUUAAAUGCUUUGGGCUAGUUUUGUGGAAUUUUCAAAAUGGCGACCCUUUGUUGACAGUUACGUUUCUGAGCAUUUUGUUUCCAGUUUGCUAAGCCAGUUUGUAUAGAAGCACAUAUUUAGCAACAACAAUGCCAGUACGGUCUUGACCAGUGACUCUAGUCCAGAAAGGAAGUAAAAUCUAGAAGGUCUGUUUGCCACCAACAGCCCUCAAGGGGCCAUAGACAGCCCUAAAGAUGAUGAUCAAUGACCAGCUCAUCCUCGAGGAGGAUUAUGAUGAAAAUUACGUGCCUCCCGAGGAUGAGAUCUGUGAAUAUGCUCAGUGUAUUGGUAUAGAUCCAGACCUAGAACCAAACCUGCUUUGGAUUGCUAGGGAAGGCAUAAAUGCACCUCUUCCUGAAAACUGGAAACCUUGCCAAGAUCCUAAUGGCGACAUCUAUUAUUUUAACUUUGCAUCUGGGGAGAGUAUAUGGGAUCACCCUUGUGAUGAAUUCUACAAAAAGAUGGUUACCGAAGAAAGAAAAAAAGUCAGUCUUUCACAGAAACAAGGUAUCGGUAUGGCUAAAAGAAAAGGCAAGCCUGGGAAAGAUGAUGCCAAAAAGAAAAAAGACAAACUCACACCAGAAAAGCAACUUGGACCUUUGAAAGCUGAACAGAGCCUGGGAACACCAGCUAUGCAUAAACAGUCUGGCAUGGAUCAAAACAAGAUGUCAGGGGGUCAGAUGGGCUUAUCUGGGGGACAGCUUGCACCCUUGAGGGGCUCAGUGGGUGUCAGCGGUCCAGUAUCGUCACCACAGUCUAUGCGAUCAAGUCUGAAUACAACAACUGGUUCUUUGAACAAGUCAGGACAGGGUGUGGGUGGCAGCGUCAAUUUGUCCUCACACCUCACCAGCAGUAUGUCUCUACCAGUCUACUCCACAGAAUAUGAAGAUGAGCAUGAAGAGCGACCUCACAGUAGAAGACAGAGUGUGGAUGGUGAAGCACAGGAUGUUGCUGCCCUGGGUUAUGAGGACUAUGAACAUGAUAGUGAUGAUAGUGAGGACUAUGGUAAAGAUAUCGACUUUGGCAUUGACAAGAACCUGUCAGAAAGAAUUAUGGACAUUGAAAAUGACCCAGCGCUGAGAGGAUCUCUUGAGAAGGAUUUUGAUGUGACGCUGUCAACAGCACGAGGAGAUGAAGUCAGUAAGAUGAGCCCGUUAGAUGAUGACAGAAAACGUCGGGCAGAGAUGGCUGCUAGUGCAGCUGAAAAACGUAUAUUUGGUGGAGAAGUGUACAGUGGCUCCCAACAAAUUCCUGAGGAAUUGAAAGGGGAUCAGCAGAAAAUUAAGACAGCCAAUGAGAGAGCUCUGCAAGAAAUGAGAGAGCGAAUGGAGAGAGAACUUGAGGAAGCCAAAUUAGAACUUCUAGAGGACAAAGAGACUAGAUUAAGAAAACUGAAAAAUCAAAUCAAAAGAGAAAUUGAAGAGGAGGAGGCGAGACUAAAACAAGAAAAACAGGGAACAAUCAAAUCCCUCCAGAGUGAAGAGUUUGAUAAAGGGGCAUCACUCCUGCAGUCAGAACAUGCUGAUAGUUUAGAAAAACUCAAAGAUGAACUUGCGGAAAAACAAAAAACAGAAGAGGAAAAUCUGCGACGUGAGAUGGAGCAAGCUCUGGAGAAGUUGCGCCAGGAAGUGGGCUCAUUACAGAUGGAAGAACAGUCAAAACUAGAGGAAGAAAAAACAAAGGCUCUGGACAGACUUCAUAGAAUGGUCGAAGAUGCAACUGAAGCAGAGAAGAAGAGAUUGGAACAAGAGAAGAAUCAGACUAUAGAAACAUUACAGGCCAAACAUAAACUAGAACUGGACAAAGUCAAAGACGAUCUCGAGAGAAAACAUAGAGAAAAAGUGCUAGAGGUUAAAGAUGAUCUAGGAGAUAACCAUGAUAAGGAAAUUGCACGAAUACGGGAUGAGUUGAAGCACAUACAAGAGAAGGAAAAAGAAAUGAUGGAACAAGAGCUUGAGGGAGCGAGGAAACGUCAGGAAGCACUGAACGAUAUGGAGAAAGGGUUGGAUGAGGUAUUGGACGAGCGAAGAAAGGAGUUGCGGGAUCAGCAUCAGAAGGAACUUACAAAACUAAGGGAUGAACAUUCAGCCCAACUUAGAAAACUUAGAGACGAAUAUUCAGAUAAGGAGCGGGAUGAGAAGAAGUUACUGGAACAGAACAUGGAUGCUGAAAGACGUAAACUGCAAAAGCAGCAUGAAAAAGACAUGGACGAAAUAAGACGAGAAUUUAACAGAAAACGGGAAUCACUGUCUGAACAGCUGGAAGAUGAGUUUCUGGAAUAUCAUCAGACGGUACAGAGACAUCAACAGUACUAUUAUAUUACUGUAAAAGAGAAGGAGGAGGAGCUACAAGAGAAAAGGGCAGAGUUUGAGAGAAAGAAGGCUGAAAUAGAGAAAUCAAUGAGGAAUCUAGAAACUCAGGAGAGAAAACUAGAAGAGAAGAGACGAAGGUUAAAGGAAGACAGAGACAAGUUCGAGGAGGAGACAGAGGAGGCUUUUGCAAACAGGACUGUACAACUCAGUGCCAACGAAAUAGAGCGCAUGAAAUCAGAACGCAAACAAGUGAAUGAUGAACUUAAAGCGGAGACCGAGGCCCUGGAACAGGUGAAAGCAGAGAGACGAAACAUUGAAGCAGAACUGCUGAAGAUGAAGCUUAACAGAGAUACAAAUGCUAGAAAGUUGAAGGAAAUGAGUGAUAAGUUGUCAAGGAAGGACAAGGAAUUGGGAAAUGUUCAGCAGAAAUUGAUCGAUGCUGUUGAGGAGGAGAAGACAAUUGCCGAGGAAAGAUUGCGCCAUAGCCAGGCCGAUAGAAGACAUAUGAUGAAUGGACAUGUAGAUAUACACAGCGAUGAUGAGGAUACACACAGAGAUCUGCAGCGAAUAAAGAGAAAGGUUAGAGUGAAGAAAACAAAGGCCGAUGAUGAUGAAUACUCAGAGAAGAAUGCCUGGAAUGAUUUACUCUCAGAUGAUGACAGUCUCACUAACGACCUGCCCCUCCACAGAUAUGGUUUGAAGGAACAUGUAUCGAAGGAGAGCAAUGCUAUUUCUGCAUCCAAAGAGUUUCUACGAAAACAGCGUCAGUCACUUAAACGUCGUCAAGCAGCAUUACAGGCCGCUAAACAGGAACUUGUGAGAGAUAUACUCAAACAGAAACAAGGGACGUUGUCACCAGAGAGUGCGCAUGUACUUGAUGAUGUUAAACAGAGCCUGGAGAAGGAGGCCAUGGAACUGGACCGUAUGACUGUACAGAUGAAUGCUGGGAACCGGCUUCUCAAAGAGAAGGAGAAAUAUCUACACAAACUCAAGUCCAGGGCCUCUAAUGAUGUAAGUAUUGCAUUACACAAACAGGUAGAUCCCUCACAACCAGCAAUGAUGUCUGCACAGUCCACUGGUCCUAUGCUGGGUGACAGAGGGGCAUUGGAUAACAGUGACCCACUGGCAAAGUCACUCGUCAAAAUCAAUAUGGAACUGUCUAAGGUUAUACAGAAUAUAGGUUCACAGCAUAGUGCCUCGAGUACUCCUGUUCCAGGAUCCAAUACCCCAGGUCAUACGCCCUCGACUUACAUCCCAGUUUAUGCUCCAGCCUCUCCCAUGCCUAGUAGCAGUACACCUGGAAGCACCCUGCCAGUGCAAGCCUGGCAACCAACAAGUGCAGCAGGACCUGUGCAUGGGUCCAACCCAUACCUAUACAAUCCUCAACAUAAAGUGGACUAUGCAAGUCUAGUUUUAAAUGCAGAACAAUCUCUUGAAAGAAAAUGGAGAAAAUAUUUCGGAGAUCGCCGUCCCCCGCUCACAAGUGCCACAGGUUACGUGCCAUCAGCUUCUGUCACAUUUGGACAUACACCUAUCAGGGAGCAGUUAAGACAGUUCAGAUCAAGCUUACAUGAUAUCCCAGGAACAGUAACUCCGCCCCAUGUCACUCCAGCAACCAAUGAGAGACUGAGAGGCUUUAGUACUGACGACAGAUUGGCUGAACAGAAAGAAUGGUUAAAGAAGUUCCAACAUGAUCUUAGUUUUGGCACCUCAGGAUAUGGUGCAACAACAAGCUAUGGGAUGCCACAUUUUGGCACUACAAGUGUCGGUCCAACAUAUGCUAAAGCACCAGGCUCUGAUGCUGGCUCUAUUAACAGCCUUACAGCAGAGUCAGAAAAUAAAGUGACAGAGCCUGUCUCUUGCUCAACACCGACACGACCAUCUGGUGGAUCUGGUGGUGUACGACUUGAGCUAGAUGAAAAUGAUGAAAUACGCGUACGAAAGAUUUGAUAUAAACAGUGCAUUAGUUAUUAAUAACUUUACUAAUACUUGCAAGCCUGUGUUUUAUCAUACAAGAACAGAACCAAGGCCCAUGGAUGUGAAGGUCACCAGUUUUCCUUAACAUUUUCCGUGUAAAACAAAUUGGUAGAGAUCUUAUGAUGUUAAACAUCAUAGUGAUGGUCUCGGAAAAUGGUCUUUUGUUAGUGAAUUUCUUGGAUGAAAUUAAUUCAGAAAUGCUGUUAUGGUCUUGGAAAAAUAGAUUUUUUUUACAGAUUUCUGUAUAAAAUUACUAACCUCAGAUGUGCUGUAUUGUGGAAGCACUGUAAGAAUGUGCUAUCAGGAUAAAAAUGCCACAGUAUUAGCUUAAUCCAACCAGCAUUGAUUUACAGUCGAGUGUCUAUGGUACUAAACAACGAUAUUAGAUCUACAAGCAGCUCUGUGAUACUUUUAAUAAAACUGUGCUUGCUGAGGUCUUUUAACAAUUUUUUUUUAGGUACAAAUUUUCGUUAAAGAUAAUGUUUUGUAUACAUCACAGUAUAAUUUGGUUGUGAGCAAUUUUAGUGCAGUUUAUGGCCAUAAUAAAUUUUAACUGCUGCCCAGUCGAAUGCCGUUACUUGGCAUGGGUGUUAAGAGUACAUAUUGUAUAUACUAUGCUAAUUUAUUUUGUACGUAGUCCUAUUUUCUUUCGUAACAUCACGGAAUUAUUACAUGCAUCAGAAUGGUGAAAUAUUUUACAAUUUCAUGUGCUGGUCUCCAGGAAAUAACUGUAAAGUGAAACACAUUAAAACGGUGAUAGCAAUUUUAAACAUACUUUAAAAAAAAAAAAAUCUUUCGAUAAGUUUUACCAUGCUGAUAUUGUACUUCUGUAUUUUUAUUUUUUCAAGUAGUUUACCUCUUAUAUGCAAUAAUGCUACAUAGUAUGUUAAAUAUGAAAUUAGGAAGUAUUUUAAUUAGGGUACAAUUGUAGAAAAUGUAUUCAAUCUGGGAGAUGUCACAGUACAAGAUAGCUGGUAUACAGAAAAUCUGCAGAAAAACUGGAAAUAAUCCCAAGAUUUGAAAGAGACUGCAAGUUGGCAGGAUUUUCAUUUAGAGGGAAAGAAAUGCCAGACAUCCUGGUUUUAUUGUCAGAUAUAUGUGAUGUUACUACUAUAUUUGUAUUAUACUUUUUGUGAGCAAAGCAAGCUCAAAAUCCUUCAAAAAUGGCUUAUAUCUUUACUUUAAAGGGGUUCAGUGUAGUAGAGAUUUAUUAAGUGGGCAACAUGCAAGGCCAUGUCUGCACCCUUCAGAUCUGCGACUUCCUAUGUUGUUUUGUCACCAAAGAGUAAAUCAGCACGACGGUCACUUGCAGCUUUCUUGGUCUUCCAGUCAUAAGCAGUAGUCUCCAAUGUUAAAUAUUCCCCUACUCCAAGUAGGAUAUAGUUUUUACAUAAACACAUACCUUAGUAAGUGUUGUGUCUGAAUUAUGGAAGAUUUUCUACUACUUUCUUCAGUGUUUUAAACAGAUUUACAUUUGUAAAGAAUCUCAUUUUAUAUGAAUUUCAUAUCUCGUCUUAAUCCGUCCACACCCUUCCAAUGAUAAUGAUUGUGUUAUUUAACUUUUGGAUUGAUUUUAUUAGCAUGAUCUCUGCAGUACCUGUUGCAUCUGGUGGAAUUGAUACCUGUUGCAUCCGGCGGAAUUGAUACCUGUUGCAUCUGGCGGAAUUGAUACCUGUUGCAUCUGGUGGAAUUGAUACCUGUUGCAUCCGGCGGAAUUGAUACCUGUUGCAUCCGGCGGAAUUGAUACCUGUUGCAUCUGGUGGAAUUGAUACCUGUUGCAUCUGGUAUCUGGUGGAAUUGAUACCUGUUGCAUCCGGUGGAAUUGAUACCUGUUGCAUCCGGUAUGGUAUUGAUACCUAUUUCUGUUAAUUCCUCCAUACCUUUUCUAUUCGAUGGAAGUGAUACCAUUUGUAUAUGGUGAAACUGAUAUCUAUUUUGAUCAGUGCUCUUGAUAUCUAUUGCACCCACUGAAAUUGAUACUUAUUGCAGAAGGUGGAAUUGAAACCUCUUGCAUAUUGUGAAAUUGAUACAAAUUUCACCCAAUGGAUUUGAUAUCUACUGCAUCUGGUGGAAUUGAGACCUAUUACAUCUGUUGGAAUUCAUGCAGUUUACAUCAAGUGGAAUUUAUACCUGUUUCGUCUGAUGGAAUAGAUACCUACUGCAUCGGGUUGAAUUGAUAUUAUUCUUGUUUUACUAUUGUUUAUAUACAUUCUUGCAUCACCGUUGAAAACUGACGACAUCUGAUAAGUUUUUUUUUCAUAUUUGAAUGUUGGUUACAACAAAAUUUCUUCAGUUAUCCAAUUUUUUUGUUUCGGUUUAUUUCAUUACAUUGUAAGAGUUUGUAUUUUUAUUUCCGAAACAAUAAAAAUAGGACUUUUCAAAGAAUUUUACAGAUAAUAAAACAUGGUGAUUUCAGUAUUAUGUGUAACGGCACAAAUUCUAAUAGUACAGGUAAAUCUCUUUAAUGUACGAAGCGUUGGCUAAAUUAAUCAAUGGGCUUGCUACAUGUAUAUAAAUGUUCCAAGUUUUGAACAGCAAGUCAAAUUUUACUAAUAUUUUAUGAACAUGUUAGAAGAAAACGUAUAAUUAUAAAUUCCAUUAACUAUCAAAUCUCCACCUCUGUUGAAUCAAUCUGCCGAGUGCAUUUGUUUAUAAAAUGUAGGAUUAGGUGUAGCUUUUCAUCGCGGAAUGGGAGAUGUACUUUAACACAUUUUAAUAGACCCCUCCCAUUUUUUAAACAAAAGUAAUUUUUUGCAUGAUUUGCUAAAUGUAUCCUGUAAAAUCAGUGAAAUUUGUGGGAAACUAAUUUUCAUGGAUUUCAUUGUUUCAACAGUCUGUGUUAUCAGAAUCUAACAAAGAAGCAAAUUUUCUGUUUGUUUUUUUUUUAAUUUGAAAGCCACGAAUUAAUAUUUCUGCAAAAUAGUUGUUUUAGACAAAACCACGAAAUUUAAUUCCCACAAGAUUAAAUAAUUUUAUAGUAUAUAAUGUAUAGAAGUUAUAGCAAAAAUGACAGAAGGCCUAACCUUUGGUCACAAUAGUCAAAAUUUGUAAAUAUAUACAUGUAUAUAUUUAUAUUUAGGUUUACAUUUGUAUAAAUGUAGUUUUAACUGUGCUAGAAUAGAUCUGUCUAUAGUAGAUGCCCUCUUGUGUAUCUGUGAUUACAACUUCCCACCUCUGUGAAAUGUUCUUUCAGCGUUAUUGUGUUCUGUUUUGUCAAUUCAUCAUGAUUGUGUCAGUAUUUACUGAGAUUUAUGAGUACUUGACUUUACCUGCAUUGGCAUGUUAUAUAUCUAAGAUGGUAAAAAUGCAAGGCCCAUAUUCAUAAAAUGUCUUAGUAGAAAAAAAAAUACCACCGAUAUCAGACUUUAUUCAAGGUUUUCUUAUAAUGUUCUAUUUUCAAUUGAAUUUGCAUUAUUUAGCUUACAUUUUCAUAUAGCAGUAUGAUUGAAUUUAAAUCUAUAGAAACAUGUAGAACAGUGGCAUUAUAUGUUAAAAGAUGAGGAGUUGAAACCAUAGACAGUGUGUAAAAUUUGUAUCAAAAAUGUCCUUAAUUUUUACCCAACAAGUUUCAUGAAUACAGGCCUAGGUCACUUUGUGCAUGAUUAUUGGGCCCAGGUCACUUAGUAAAUGAAUAUGGGUUCAGGUCACUUAGUGCAUAAAUGACCUUCAGCUUGUUAGUGUUAGACAGCUGAAAUGCAGGUCAGUUGUUUUUUUCCUCUGCAGUGACAUUGGUCAAAUGGAUAUUUGAUUCUGAAUGGUCAUAUGAAUGUCUGUUGCAAGAGUAAAUCUGUAUGACCAGUCUUUCUGUUUAACUCUUGCGAAUGAUUUGAGAUACAAGAUGUAUGUACCAAAGUUACAGAACAGUUAUGGAAGAAUAUUACAUUCUGCAAUGCUCUCCUUCAGUUUUAUUUUUCGGAACCUUGUGUUCAAACAUACAUCCCUCAGUCAAUGUAUAUAAACUUAUUUGACAUUUGACAUAGUUGUUAGAUAUAACAACUAGAGAUGACUUCUGUUAAUCUUUGAUUCAGUGUGAAGGUCUACUGGAAUCAUUGAUAAUCAGUUAUUAAAGGGGCAUGUAUCAGGAAUAAUGUUGUUUUGAAAUACAGUUCAAACUCGAUAUCUCGAACUCGCUUAUCUAAAAGUUCAAGCUAUCUUGAUGAUAUUGUCAAGUCCUAUUUUGAAAACACAUGCACAAAAUACCAUUUUAAGUAGAAUUUCGGUUAUCUGGAACAUACAUGCUCAAUCUCUUAGAAUUCCAGAUAACAAGUUUCAGCUGUAUUUUAGACUUUACAUGUACAUUUGUACUUUCAUGAGAAAAUAAUCCAUCUUUCACAACUAUAUUUUUUGUUUCCAGUAGAACUCUCAUCUAGCACUGGAAGUGGAAUUGUAAAACAUGGAUAUAUAUUACAUUAUAUAUAUUUACGGGGUUGUCUUGAAGGAGAGCAGGUCUUAUACUUAAAUUGAACUGUUGCUAUUUUAGUUCUCAUAUCCUUUAACGAGGUAGGACAUCACCAUGGUGAUAUUUUAAUUUGAAAUGUGUUUCCACAUUCAUCUUGUAGAAGAAAUGCAUUUCCUUCAUCAUGUUAUAAUGCUGUUACUACCUGAUGUAGUCUAUGCAAAUAAAUUAUUUAUGUAAAAA